GAGAAAAAGCUGGGAAGGGAGAGCAAAGCGCAGAAAGCGAGUACAACGCAACAGUAAUGACUAGGUGGACCGUACCGAGACACUAUUCCGCUGCCACUGGACAUGCAGCCCAAUAGGUGUGCAUAAGACUAAAUGCAAUGCAAGCGGCAAAACUGCACAAGGCUUACUGAAGAAGAUCCCAAUUUUUUUAAAUAGAGGUCAACAACACAUUUUUUAUUGACUGUGACAGCAAAAAAUAAGAUAAGUGCAAUUUUUGUCUCCAUGGCGAGAAUUUGGGUUUCUCUACCGGGAACCAUUUGCAGCAUCGAGAUUUUGCACUUGCUAUUUUUUAUAUUGUUGCUUCAGGGGCCACUUUGUGGCCAGAGCAGCCCUAUCUCCAACACCGGCCAAAGGCUUCCACCCAUUCCUGGAUUGGGAGACGGGCUGGGACGGGCGGUGGAGCAAUCCAAUUUGGAGCAGGACAACAAUGUAAUCAUGGAGGGUGUUCUGGAAAGUCUGAAAGAGCAGUACCUACAAACAUUCAACCUGUCUGGCAUGGGUCUUCCUCCACUGCCACCUGGAAUCUUACGAGAGGAACCGCCUGAAUACAUGAUGGAGCUCUACAACCGCUUCGCUAAUGACCGCAAUUCUGUGCCCAGUGCCAGCAUCGUACGCAGUUUCAAGAAUGAGGAUUCUUCUUCAAGCACAGUUGGUGUUGGAGGAGUAAGGCACCACCCACUCCUGUUCAACGUGUCGGUCCCCCAUCACGAACGCAUCAUUUCAGCCGAACUCCGACUCUACACACUUGUCCAGACUGACCGGCACCUGUUUGCCGGCGUCGACCGCAAAGUCACUAUCUACGAAGUGCUACGCCAAAACGGAGGUGAAAACAGCACAGAUGAGAAUUUGGAGACGGGAGACAACUUCGGGGUUAGGAAGGAGCAUACGGAACUAGUGGAGUUGGCUUCGAGACAAGUGUAUGGCACCGACAAUGGGUGGGAGGCAUUCAACCUCACCGCCGCUGCUCAGCGGUGGCGUAAAUCUGUGCAUGGCAGCACACAUCGGUUGGAGGUGCACAUUGACAGUGUGGAAGGUGAUGCUCAACAUGCCACGAAUCGAAACAAAAACAGAAUUAAUGAAGGGGACAUGAAGAUCGACACAAACAUGAAGGAAAAACACAAACCCCUGCUAAUUGUUUUCUCUGAUGAUGAAAGUAGCGACCAUCGAGAUGACAAGCAAGACCUGAAUGAAAUGAUUGACCACGAGACCUCUGACAUGAUCCUCUCGAAUUAUUUAGAGAAAGACAUGUCGGACGAGUCUGACAGCAAUGGACAAUCCGAGCCAGAUGAAGAAGACCUGAUCCAAAUGCGCUCCAACCUGAUCUACGACACAUCUUCCCGCAUACGUAGGAACGCCAAGGGCGACCACUGCGGGAGGCGACCUCUGCGUGUGGACUUCAAGGACAUUGGAUGGGAUAGUUGGAUCCUGGCGCCGAGCAGUUACGAUGCCUACGAGUGCGCUGGGAUUUGUUCAUUCCCGCUCACCAAGCACGUCACACCUACGAAACACGCUAUCGUCCAAACGCUGGUGAACAUCAACAGUCCUCACACAACAGCGCGAGCGUGUUGCGUUCCCACCAAGCUAGAGCCCAUCUCACUCCUGUACCUGGACGACACAGGAGUAGUCACAUUUAAGCACAAGUAUGAAGGCAUGGUAGUGGCUGAGUGUGGCUGUCGAUAGCUGAUGGACAUGAAAUCAAGUUAAAUGUUUUCGACAACAGUAAUUAGACUCUUUCAAUGAGAUAAUCCAUGGGAUUGGACGUGCAUCUGGUUUAUAUUUAUUACAUCCCGUGUGGCUGGACUUUGCCCACUGGGACAGAAAAGACUAUCGCUUCACGCAGAUCUCAAGUCGUGAAUGGUAGCUGCCAACACAGUGCCAUCACAGAGAGUGGAGAUCAGGACAUGCUGCAGAAAUUAUGCUCAUUUUUUGCCAGCAUGAGUACAAGUUGCAAGACUUUCAUAAAGAUCCUUUAACUAAGCACAUUCUGCAGUGUCUGUGGGAACUGGUGGGCCUGAGUUUCCCCCUCCUGCUCCAUCUCCUGACAUGUGUUUUCCUCUCUACUUAUCUUUGGCCUCCUCACUCGAUGCAAACACUAAUCAGCACUUCAUGCGCCCUGUUGUAGUGAAAUGACCUCCUCUGGGCAACCUGACAAGACUUGAACUCUCCAGGCUCGCCUCCUGCAGGCUCCUGAUACGUAGGCACCACGCAAGAGUCCGGCUAGUGGGGUUAUCUUUCCUAACCCAGUUUCCCACUUCACAUGCCUCUUUUCCACUGACAACGAAUACACACAAAUAAGCUGCUGUGAUAGCAAGGUGUUUGAGGUUGGGAAACAUGCAUUGGAUGAAUCAAACACCAACCUCAUUCCAGACAUUGUUUGAAAGGUGGGACGGGGGAUCGAGACAGAACGAGGGGCAAGGGGUGACUGCAUUCUUAGGCAACUCAUAUUGUUAACUGUCUCACCUUUCUGACUCGGCACCUCCUGCUCCUCGUUUGGCUCAUCCAUCACUUUUAUACUAAAAUUGUCUCUUCAGUGGGAUAUUUAUCAUGUGUGGACCAAAGCCAAGCCAAGUUCUCUGGAUAUUAAGGCUUUUGAUACCUCUGCUGCUUGUAAUAAAUACACUAUUUAUUGUUCUAAUUUAUUUUUUAAUGAAACAGAUAGUUAAGCCUUGCAUUAUUAACACCAUGGACGAAUUUAGAGUUAUAGUGACUUUUUAUAUGUUGAAUGUGCAGUGAC